AUGGAGUCCGACGGCGAGCAGGAGGCGGCGGCCACGCCGACGCUGGGAGCGUCAGCGGGGGCACCGGUGGCAGGACAGCUGAAGGGCUGCCCGGAGCUCUCGCUGGAGGGUGACAUGCGAGAGAUGGCCAAGACGGCCGUCUGGAGCGUCAGCUCCAGCAAGCCCGGCAAUGGCGUCGCCUCCCUACGCGAUGACAGCCUCGACACGUACUGGCAGUCGGACGGUGCGCAACCGCACCUGGUCAACAUCCAGUUCCAGAAGAAGGUGCAGCUACAGCAUGUUGUGCUGUAUGUGGAUUUCAAGCUGGACGAGAGCUACACGCCGAACAAGAUCUCCAUCCGGGCUGGCGACGGCUUCCACAAUCUCAAGGAAAUUAAAACGGUGGAACUUUCAAAGUCAGUAGGAUGGGUUCAUAUAUCAUUAUCUGGCACUGAUCCCCGAGAAACAUUCGUUCGUACAUUUAUGCUCCAAAUUGCGGUGUUGGCCAAUCACCUGAACGGGAGGGACACUCAUGUCCGACAGAUCAAGAUAUAUGGGCCAAGACUGAACCCCGUUCCCCACCAGCCUUUCAUCUUCAUUUCCAGGGAAUGCAUAAUGUAUUCCACCAUCAGGUGA